UGCUUCUUGAUAAAUCGGCCAAGUUUGAGUUUUUUGUGGUUCCUAAAUGGGAUCCAUAAAUGCUCAAAAUUACAAAAUCCAAAUAUACAAAUGUACAAGGUACGAGAAAAAUUAGCCCCCUACACUAGUUACUACCCAAAUUGUACUUUUCUGGAGGCUGCCCUGGGCUAUUCGUGUAGUUUUUCUUGGAAAGGAGUAUGGAGUUCAAAAUCUCUUGUUAAGGAAGGCAUCAUAUGGAGGGUGGGCAACGGGUCGAGCAUUAACUUAUGGAGUGAUCCUUUGCUAGCAGAUGAAGAAGGGAGGUAUAUCACGAGCAACACGGAGGGGGACCUUAACUAUGUAAGUUAUUUAAUUGAUAUGGUAGCAUGGAUUGGAAACUUGACGUGGUAGAGAAGAACUCUAAUGCGUGCAACCGCCGAUGCAUACUAGCUAUUCCCUUAAGCUGGCGUGCACAAAGCGAUGAGCUCACAUGGGCUUACUCUAAUGACGAUAACUAUGUGGUGAAAACGUUGUACAUGUUGGGAAAGAGCUGUAAUAUGGAUGCUUUUCACAGAGCCUUUGUUGAGAUUUGGAAGAUGGAGGCGAGCCCGGAGGUUCGCCACUUUCUUUGGAGACAUUGCACAAGUACUCUACCAGUCAAGGGGCUGCUACAUGCACGUCACAUGGUGGAUGAAGCGACUUGUCCGUGGUGUCGUGCGGAGGAAGAAACGGUAGGCCAUGACUCUUUGAUUAUUUACGAGUUAAGGAUCCUUGGGAGGAUUGUGGUUGCGUAUCGAUGAUAGGUUGGAGGGUUGCAUGCACUAUGUGGGAUCUGGUGGUAAGUUAGACAUACCUUGAUGCGCACACAAGGCAAAAGAGGGUGUUUCUUGUGUGGUGUAUUUGGAGAGAAAGGAACCACUAUGUUUUUUAAAACAAGUUAACCCCCAAUGUUGUAAUUGUUGGGCGUGUGCAAAGGUUAGUAGAGGAACACGACAGGUACAAUGCUCGACCACAUGCCGUAGUUCGAAGCAAUGGAAAGCCCCCUGACAGGUAUGAUUAAGAUAAUGCAGAUGCCUCCCUGACGGGUGAAGGUCGUGUGAGUCUUGGUGGUGGCUUGAGACAAGGAGGGGCGAGUGAUCUUUGCAGCUAUGCGAAGAACACGAGCCUAUUGGCUCCCGGAAAUUGCUGAAGUAGGCUAUGGCCAUGCGACUUGGAAAGAGGUAUGGAGUGAAGGAUGUUAUUAUGGAAUUCGAUUCUCAAGUGUUGAUCAACCGUCUCACGAAGGGUGCUACAUAUCUUGCCGAUUUUGACUAUAUUCUAGGCGAUAUUUUCUCUUUAUGUACGCAUUUUAAUUCAGUUAGUUGGUCUAAUGUUAAAAGGAACUUUGUGGCCCAUCACCUUGCUAAGCUAGUUCCGUUCGGAGUAGAAGAGAUUUGGGAAUACCACUUUCCCCAACAAGUUGUUCCUUAUGUACUCAUGGACACUUUAUCCCCAAAUUAAUCAACUAGCUUACUUUUCCCUUUCAAAAAAACAAAAAAAACAUACAAUUAUUUGAGCAAAAUUAGUACUCCCUCCGUUUCGAAAUAAUGGGGACAAUUUAUCUUUUCACGCUUGUCGAUAUAAAUGUUUGAACAUUAAUAUCUCUAAUUUUGUGUCGUAAAAAUUAUAAAAAGUUGAUAUUCCGAAAGUACAUAUCGAGACGAAUCAAAUAAGACCCCACACGCCCAUAAAUCAUAAAUGAUAGUCAAAUUAAAAUUUAUAAAUAGUGUCAAAUUGUCCAUAUUAUUUCGAAAUGAGGUACUCCCUCCGUCCCUUAAUACUCGCACCGCUUUCCUUUUCGGGCCGUCCCUUAAUACUUGCACCGUUUCUAUACAUGGAAAUCUUUACCAAUGUUAUAUUAUUUCUCACACUUACCUACUCCCUACAAAAAAUCAUUUAAAAAUCCACACCCCCACUCACUACUUCCCACCCCUUACACAUUUCCCACUAACUAUAUUAAAAAAAUACCCUACUAUCAACUAAUAUCCAUUAAAUUGAUAAGUCAAUUCACAUGUUUUAAACUCAACCGGUGCGAGUAUUAAGAGACGGAGGGAGUACUUCCUAAGUCUGAUACGGAGUAUGACACAAACUUCGCUCUCUCCAAAGUUAAAAUAUUAUCAAGUGGCUAACGUCUGAAUUCAUGUGAUUCAUAUCUACGUUUUCGUAUUCCACAAAAGCCAUCCUCAUUCGGAUUCCUCACUGAAAUCCCCUCACUAUAAAACCCACUCUUCUAACCCUCCGCCACCCCUCUCUGUCCUCCCCCUCUGCUAUUCCUCUCACCUAACCACCAUCCAUCAAUGGCGGCCACAGCAGCGACAACAUUUUCUCUCUCAUCCUCCUCCUCCACUUCCGCCGCUGCAUCUAAAGCCUUGAAACAGUCUCCUAAACCCUCCGCGUUGAACUUAGGGUUUCUCGGCUCUUCUUCUACAAUCAAAGCAUGUAGGUCUCUCAAGGCUGCUCGUGUUCUUCCUAGCGGCGCUAACGGUGGAGGAUCGGCGCUUUCUGCUCAAAUGGUUUCGGCGCCGUCUAUCAACACUCCAUCUGCUACCACCUUUGACUUUGAUAGCUCUGUUUUCAAGAAAGAGAAGGUUACUCUCUCCGGUCACGACGAGUACAUUGUGAGAGGAGGGAGGAAUUUGUUUCCAUUGUUGCCGGAUGCUUUUAAGGGUAUUAAGCAGAUUGGUGUUAUCGGAUGGGGUUCUCAGGCCCCAGCUCAAGCUCAGAACUUGAAGGAUUCUCUGACAGAGGCAAAGUCUGAUGUUGUUGUCAAGAUUGGUCUUCGCAAAGGAUCUAACUCUUUUGCCGAGGCACGUGCUGCUGGUUUCAGUGAAGAGAAUGGCACUUUAGGUGAUAUGUGGGAGACCAUUUCUGGAAGUGACCUUGUUCUGCUGCUGAUUUCUGAUUCUGCUCAGGCUGACAAUUACGAAAAGGUAUUCUCCCACAUGAAACCAAACAGCAUUCUUGGGUUGUCACAUGGAUUUCUUUUGGGGCACCUGCAAUCUUUGGGGCAGGACUUCCCCAAGAACAUUAGCGUGAUUGCUGUAUGCCCCAAGGGAAUGGGGCCUUCUGUUAGAAGGUUGUAUGUUCAAGGUAAAGAAGUCAAUGGCGCUGGAAUCAACUCUAGCUUUGCUGUUCACCAGGAUGUUGAUGGUAGGGCUACAGAUGUAGCACUUGGCUGGUCAAUUGCUCUUGGAUCUCCUUUCACAUUUGCUACUACUCUUGAGCAGGAAUAUAAGAGUGACAUCUUUGGGGAGCGAGGUAUCUUGCUUGGUGCUGUUCACGGAAUUGUCGAGUGCCUGUUCAGAAGGUACACAGAAAGCGGAAUGAGCGAAGAUUUAGCCUACAAGAACACUGUUGAGUGCAUCACUGGUGUCAUAUCAAAGACCAUAUCAACAAAGGGAAUGCUUGCCUUGUACAAUUCUUUGUCAGAAGAAGGCAAAAAGGACUUCCAAGCUGCUUACAGCGCCUCAUACUACCCUUCAAUGGACAUUUUGUACGAGUGCUAUGAAGAUGUUGCUAGUGGUAGUGAGAUCCGAAGUGUUGUUUUGGCUGGACGGCGCUUCUAUGAGAAGGAAGGCCUCCCAGCUUUUCCAAUGGGUAAAAUUGAUCAAACCAGAAUGUGGAAGGUGGGUGAGAAGGUCAGAUCAGUCAGACCUGCAGGUGACUUGGGCCCAUUAUAUCCAUUCACUGCUGGUGUCUAUGUUGCUCUAAUGAUGGCCCAGAUAGAGAUCUUGAGGAAGAAGGGUCACUCGUACUCGGAGAUCAUCAACGAGAGUGUGAUUGAAGCAGUGGAUUCCUUGAACCCCUUCAUGCAUGCCCGGGGUGUCUCAUUUAUGGUUGACAACUGCUCAACCACAGCAAGGCUUGGAUCAAGAAAAUGGGCCCCUCGUUUCGAUUACAUCCUAAGCCAACAAGCUUUGGUAGCUGUUGACAAUGGUGCUCCAAUCAACCAAGAUUUGAUCAGCAACUUCUUGUCAGAUCCUGUUCAUGAAGCUAUUGGAGUUUGCGCACAGCUCAGACCAUCUGUUGAUAUCUCCGUGACUGCUGAUGCUGAUUUUGUUCGCCCAGAGUUGCGCCAGGCAUAAGUAUUAGGCAUGGAGAUAUUAACUCCAAGGUUAUUGUAAUUUUAGCUUGUCCUGUCCGAGAUGCUUGAUAUUUUCUUCAAGUUUUGGCUAGAGUUUUGUGUUUGAUUUGGGACUUGGAAGAGUGGUUUGUCUAACUCGUAUGUUGUAAUGUUAUAAUAUGUGGCUGCAAUGGCCCAUCUUAUCA